ACGAAAGCUGCAACUCAUUGGUGUUCUGUCACCGUGGAGUACAUAUCAUUUCCGUGUGUCAGCCAUGAAUGAAUUUGGGCAGGGAUCUCCGAGCAAAGAAAGUCCGGCAUAUAACACCGCUAACGACAUACCUUACGUCGCACCUCUUAAUGUCGGAGGAGGAGGAGGAAAAGUCGGAAGUCUUACAAUUACUUGGGAUCCUAUUCCACCUAAAGACUGGAAUGCUCCAAAUAUUUGGUAUAAAAUAUAUUAUAAAAAAUUAGAAGAAAAUGUUGAGUACUACAAGAAAGACUUAAAACAAUAUGGAAAUAUUGGAAUGUAUACUGUGAAUGUCGGGGAAGAAAAUUAUUAUUUGGAAUAUACAGUAAGAGUACAAGCCAUUAAUGAUGUCGGACCGGGACCAAUUAGUGAUGAAGUUGUCAUAUUUUCUGCCGAGAAAAUGCCUCAAGUUCAGCCAUCUCAAGUCAAAGCAUUGCCAUUUAACUCUACCGCACUUAAUGUUUCUUGGGAACCACUCGAUUUAACUAGAGAAAAAAUAAGAGGAAAACUUUCGGGACACAGAAUUAAAUACUGGAAGAAGGAUGAUAAUCCCGAAACAGAUUCUUUAAUAUUAUUGAACCGUGGCAUGACUCCUUGGGGUCUCAUCGUAGGAUUACAGCCGAAUACAGAGUACUGGGUGGCCGUCAUGGCUUAUAAUGAUGCAGGUAGCGGAAUAGAAAGCGAAAAGUUUUUGGCUCGAACGUACAAAGCUGCACCUUUAAGACCUCCUACAAAUGUUGAAGUCAAAGCAGUUUCUCCUACCGUGGUAGCUGUUAAGUGGAGAGGUAUUCUCACCUCUACAGAAGAAGAACCGAUUAUGGGAUAUAAGCUACAUAAAAAUGCCAACGUGCUUUGUGCCAGGAUGCAAGGCAGGAUAUAA